UUUUUGAAAAAAAAUUUUAGAAAAAUGGGUUUUAGUAGUGAAAGAAUGAGACAAGCGUCAUUGAAGCGUAAAGAAAAGAAAGAAAAACGUAGACAACGCGCACUAAAAGCAUCACAAGCAAAGAUUAAGAAACAACGGGAACGAAAAGCUGCUUUAAGCGAUCAUUGUUAUUUUAACCAAAGUUCAUAUGCAGAUGCUGGUCCUUCAGGUAAUCAAAACAUCCCCAAAAACAAGGAGGUUUCUACUCAAACAUUUUCUUCAGCAAAAUUUGUAGCUACACAAUCAAAAAUGGAGGGAAGAAGGGUGGCCACUCAAACACUCCCAGCUCAUCGUUCCAAAGGAACACAAACUUAUCCAGCUCUUUUUCGAAAUGAAAUGUCGACACAAACAAUUGCACAUUGUUGUGCCUUGUUGCCACUAUGGGUACAGAAAUCGAGUGAUCGGAAGACUUGCUCAAAUUCAAGCACUCUUUAA